GGUGGAGCAUCAUCAUGCAGGUGAGCUUUCACAUUCUCAUAUCUCCACCUGCCUGAUGAUAACACUUCACUGGACCAGAAACAGGAGUACACACCGCCGACUAAACAAGAUUGUUCUUUAAAUUAAAUAUGAUGGAAGAGAUGGAGACGAUGGCUUACAUGGCCGAGAGGCUGAGCGGAGAGCGUGUCGCCUGGAGCGGAGGAGCUCCUUCCUCCUGCUCAGAGGUGGACCUGGAGGUCAUCGAGGAGUACCUACAGGAGCACUCACAGGAGGUCCAGCGUGUUCACACAGCUGCAUCGCCUCAGAACACCAUGGGGCAACCAACACACUCCUACCCCCACCAGGGCCUCAGGAUCAUAGAGAAUAGCUGGUCAGGUCAGCAUCCCUAUGAGUGGGACUGUGGCUCUCAUACCCCAAAUGAAGAAUAUGAAGAUCGAGUCCUGGCCCCAGUCUGGACUAGUCCCCAUGAAAACCAGUGGGUGUAUUCUUACGAGGUCCCGGCAUACAUUGACUCAGACUCACAGUCCAGUUGCUCCCAGUACCAGGACUACCAAGAUUCAUCAUCACCUUCCUCUGACAGGGGAGCAAGGAAGGACUCCAUGAAUCUUGCCCCCCUUUCAGGAAAGAGGAAGGAGCGGUUGUUCCAGUUUCUAUUCGAAAUGCUCCAGACGCCAUCAAUGCGGAGCUGCAUCUGGUGGGUCCAGUCCUCUGCCGGCACAUUUCAGUUCUCCUCCCAAAACAAGGAGCGCCUGGCUCAGCUGUGGGGACGAAGAAAGGGCAAUCGCAAGCCCAUGACCUACCAGAAGAUGGCCCGGGCGCUGAGGAACUACUCUCGCACUGGCGAGAUUCAGAAGGUGAAGAAAAAGCUCACCUACCGGUUUGAUGACAAGACGCUGAGGGGGCUACAAGGAAACUCUAAUAUGGUAUAGGAAGCAUAAAGGAGGUGUAAAAAAAGAAUAGGAAUAAAAUAAGCCAAACGGCUAUUCAGGGAACACCAUGGGUUGGGGGAUGAAUCUCCUUCCUGCUUAUUGUAUUUAUAUGGCAUGCAGAUAUGAGAUAUGAUAUAAAUAUGUGAAUACUGAGUAUUUGUUACAGUAGUGUAUGAAAAAUGUAAAUUAGAGGUUUCUCUCCAAUAAGACCACAUUCAAGGUGGUAUAAUAGUGAACUGGAAAUCUUUGUUUGGGAUGCUGGCAUUAAAAGUAUGUAAAUCUUAAAGGUUAUCACUCAUAUCUACUUUAUAAGUAGAACUUAAAUCAUUCUAAAAAAAAAUGUAAGUUGUGCUUUUCUGUUAGAUGUGAUUUUGUUUUGCAGAUUUUCAACAGAUUUUCUUUUACUUUUAUGUGUUGACAUGUCUUUUUGAAGAUAAAAAUACAUCUCUCUAA